CACGGAGCUCCAGUGAGGGCGCACAGUAAUUCUGCGGAGGAAUAUCACUGUACUUAACUUCAGUCUAAUUUAUUGCUAUUUCUUUUAGCCCACGUAGCCUACUUCAGCAGUGCUUUUAAAGCUUGUACUAUGGCGAAAGUUUAUAAGAACCUUUUUUUUCUUUCCUGUAUACUUCUGAAACCGGCUUUUUCAGAGCAGCAUCCUAUGUGUGAAAUAAAAAAAGAGAUCGACCGAGAGCGUGACUUGUGUGAGGCUCAGAAUGAGGACAAAACAACAGGUUGUGCUGUCAUGUGGGACAAGAUUACCUGUUGGCCCAGUGCUGAUGUUGGAGAAGUGGUCACCAUCCCCUGCCCCAAGUAUCUUUUCUACUUUUCAAACGGCAUUCCAAUACGAAACCUGUCACAAACCUGUGCUGAGGGUGGCUGGAGUCCAAUCAGCUUGCAGUCCUACAUAAUGGACUGUGAAUACAACCCCAACAGCACUAUGGAUGACACUGAGGGUGAAUUCUAUAGUGCCAUCAAAGUGGGCUACACCAUUGGUCACAGUGUAUCUCUCAUAUCCCUGAUGGUUGCCAUCAUAAUACUCUGUGUAUUUCGGAAGCUGCACUGCACCAGAAACUACAUUCAUAUGCACCUGUUUGUGUCAUUCAUUCUCAAAGCCAUAUCAGUGUUUAUUAAGGACGUUGUUCUCUAUGACGUUGGUGAGGCCGAAAACUGCCACUCCACUGUGGGCUGCAAAGCUGUGAUGGUCUUCUUUCACUAUGGCGUCAUGGCCAGUUACUUUUGGCUGCUGGUUGAAGGACUUUACCUCCAUGCCCUUUUAGCUGUUUCUUUCUUCUCAGAGAGGAAGUACUUUUGGUGGUACAUCUUAAUUGGCUGGGGAGCACCAACUAUAUUCAUCUCCUCGUGGGUCAUCACAAAAGCUUGGCUAAAUGAUCCAGGCUGUUGGGACAUUAUUGAGGACAGCCUGUGGUGGAUCAUUAAAACACCCGUUUUAGUAACUAUUCUUAUCAACUUUUUCCUUUUUAUCUGCAUAAUCCGAAUUCUGCGUCAGAAGAUGAAUUGCCCAGACAUAGGAAGAAAAGAAUCUAAUCAAUACACGAGACUUGCCAAAUCAACACUAUUGCUGAUACCACUGUUUGGAAUAAACUACAUUAUUUUUGCGUUUAUCCCGGACAACAUUAACUCACAAGUGAGGAUGGUGUUUGACCUUAUUCUUGGGUCAUUUCAGGGGUUUGUAGUGGCCGUGCUGUACUGCUUUCUCAAUGGAGAGGUGCAGUCGGAGAUUAAACGUAAGUGGCGCAGAUGGAUGCUGCAGCGUUUCCUGGGAGCUGACCUGAAGUACCAGCAGCCUUCACUCGGCAGCAAUGGCAACAACUUCAGCACUCAGAUCAGUAUGUUGACCAAAUGCAGUCCCACUACUCGCCGCGCCUCUUCUACCUGUCAGGAACACUUCUCUUCCAUAUAAAACGAACACUGCAGGUUUGAAUCCUUGAUAUUGUUGUUUUCUCUAAAGAUGCUCAUUUGGACUCUUGCAGCAGAGAUGGGGUCUGUUACAAAAUGUUGUAUGUAUGUAUGAUAGCAAGCCCAUAGCUAGGCACUGGCUAAUUGACCCCACUAGACUAUAUUUAUAUUUUUUUUUAUUUGCUCACAAUGGUGAAAUCAUAUUGCCCAAAACUGGACUCAAAUGCUUAGGUAUAUGACAAUAGUAUUGUGGCAUUCUGGUGUAAGGAAACAUGCCAGAUUUCUUCUGGUUGUUUUAUUUUCUGAACACAAGGACUAAACAAGCAAAACAAGAGCAAAACAACAGCAGUCUCAACUCACUCCAGCCAGUCUCCAAAACAGACCAGUAACUGAUGAAUAAAACCUUCACAUCAACUUAUUGACAGCAACCAAGUGUCACAUACAAAAACAGUUACAUUAACAAUAACAACAACAACACAAUAAAUCAGAUCAUUACAGUGUUGCAAUUCCUCUAAACUCUUUACGAGGUGCAUUACGGAAUGUUCUUACAUUGUACAUUUUAACAAGGGCUUUCUAAAACAGUAGUUCCCAACAUUUUUGUCUCAUGUACCCUCUAGCUUUGUCACACACUAUUAAAUUUCUCCUCCUUUUAAAAUCUAAAUUCAUUCCAAGUACCCCCUGGUCCAUGUACCUCUCGUUGGAAAACAUUGUUCUAAACUGGCAACAAACAUUGUCAAACAUCCCUUUUGACCGAUAUCAUAUCUAGUAUUUUACCUAUGUGGUCAUGCUGUUGUAUCUUAACCUGCAAUUUCUAAUGAUACAGUGACUGUAAAAAGGGACCACUUUGUGAAGCAAUAUUUCGAUUACUCACACUGGACUAGUUACUGGCACUUACAAAACCAGCCUUCAGUCUUCAUUACAACCAACACUUGAAUACUGUGGGAAGCAGCACAUCAAGUGAAUUAAAAACAGGACCGGUCUAUCCAUCUGUUGUUAAGAUGAAUAGACCUGUAUCUAAUAAGAGCCAAGAUGUUUAUUAAAAGGCUUUUGUUAAAUGUUGAGCUGAAACACUUAACCUAAUGGUCUAUGUUGCUAAGGGGACCAGUGGUAGCAUUAAUGACUGUGUGAGGCUGUAAAAAGCAGCUGUCACAGUGAUGCACUCAUAUCACAACCAGCUUCUGUAUUGCACACGACACUUGUGCGUGUAUAGUGCAUAAAAGACAAAACAUUCCAGUGAAGGAGGAGGCAAAAAACUCCUCUAACAGGUGUAGCCAAAACACUGAUGAAUACAUUAAUACGAUAGUUAGGACUGAGUACAGUAAACUUUUGGUACCUGUACUUAAAUUAUACUUGCUUUACAAUUUCGGUACCUAAUCGAUACUUUUUUUAGUAUGUAUGCUAUAAUAAUCUAGGGAAAAAUAAAUAUAAAAUAAAAACAGACAUAUACCAGUAGUAUAUGAACUUGUUUUGCAGCAGGUAGUAAAUAAAAGCAAGCAUUACAAUUUCAGUAUACACAGGCACAGCACUGUGGCCAACCACAGUUCAGACAGGUAAUUCUCUAGCUGUAUUUACUGCAGAGACAGCUUCCACUCCUGGGUCUAAUCUGACCUUAACCUGACACAGUUACACAUCCUGUGCAUUUUUAAAUUGAUGGUGUUAUGGCUUACAGUUACAGGAUGGCUUACCCAAUCAAUUACACUGUGAUUUUCACACCAGAGUUUAAUGCCACAUUCAUUUUCAGUUUCUACAGUGCACGAUGACUGGAACCAGCAAAGUGUCUGGUUUAAGAAUAAGGGAACAAAUUGAAUGGAUCAAGGCAGGAAUUGAACAGUCACCCCAGUUAAUACCUAUUACUCUUAACAUCACAAUUAAAAGCACUUUUUACAUUCUUUCUUAGAUUCGUGGAUCAUGUCCCUUCUAAUGACUAGUUAAUGUAUAUGUAUAAGUAGAUGACAAAGAAAAAAAUUUAUUGUUUUUACAAAUAAAUGGUAUAAAGGAUCUUUUCUACAGCUUUUUCACAGAUUGAAUUGUAUUGCAGUAUGCUUUGUCAACUCAUUUAUUCACCCCCCUCUUUAGCAUUAGGGGUUAUUCAGGCCUACGUAAAGUAAAUGGCUUUUUGUUCCUUUUUGUUCCAUUUAAGCCAUAAAGUGGGUAUUUUCUAUAUAAACGCCAAGUACCUCAGACAUGAUCUCACUUUUGCCAUUGUAAAUAAUGUGAAUGUAUUAAUAUGUUUUAUGGUAAUGACAUAGUCCUCAGGUGACCACUGUUUACAUUGAAGUUGUGUGUUUUUCAACCAUGGUACAUACAUGUACUGUUAAAACGUGUCUUAUAUUUGUGUCCCAUGAAAUAAAAUUAUUUGCACUGGACAUGG